AUGUCCCUCAUCUGCCCGCUCCGCCUUCUUGGCACCCAUAUCCAGGCCGCCAAGAACACGGCCAGCUACUUCGAGGGCUUGAUUCCGAGUCUCGCCGUGCGGCGGAUCAAGUCCAAGAUCACUCGUGACGAUUCUUCUGCCUCAGCAGGCAAGGCCGCAAGUAAAUCUCCUAUCGCCGACGCUGCAGUCAUCAAAAACAGUACCGCCCAGGUUCCGCAUAGCAGCCCGAACAAAAUCUCACCGAAACCAUCAAUGUCGAAGAACCUCACAAAUUACGCGCGUACGGUGGGCGUAGCGCAUGCGGAUGGUGUAUCGUUAGGUCCAGACGUCAAAGUCCGUGGAUCUGUUGAUAUGCGUGUUAUAAGUAUGGCGUACGUGGAUGGUGUUACGCUUGUGCCUGAUUUCGAAGUCGUGGCGAGAAGAGGUCCUAUCGAUCAGGACAUUUAG